CCUGGCGUUCCCUCUUUUCUCUUUCUCUCACAUACACAUGCUCUCUCUCAGGUCUCAGGACUCUCUGCUGUGGUUCUGAUACUCAUCUUCUUGAGGAUGGCCUGGAAUCAUUCUGUCCUGCUCACACUGCUGCCCAGCGUCCUCAUUUUAAUCGUGCUGGCUGGGGUUGAAAGUGCAGCUGUUAAAGAUGGAAAAAACACUGAAGCUCAAGGCCCAUCUAAACGAGUUUUCAUGCCAGCAUCAGAUGCCUCAAACUUCUUCAAACGCCGCGGCCGCAGAUCCCCAAGAACUUAUGAAGAGUAUUAUGCGGAGCAAAGGGUGAAGAUGGCUGCAAAUGAGCGGAGGAGGGAGCACUAUGAGGAACAAAGCAACGAAUACGAGAACUAUUUAGAGGAGGAGCGUGAUGAACAGAAUGAGAGGACCAGAGAGAAGAACGAACAGUGGAGAGAAUUCCACUAUGAUGGGCAAUACCCACGAUACCCUCACCACCGCCCGUACGUCUGAGCACAUGCAAGGCCUCGAGAGUGCAUCUUCAGUGGAGGGAUACUUUCAUGACAUUAUAUAACUAUUAUUCAAAACAUAAGCACUUUUAGAUUUAA